CCCAUCAUACCGUACCCUUGCCAUGGAUAGAUAUUGUGAUGUAAUUGCCACAAGCUCUCAAACUGUUCAACGGCAAGCACGUCAAUCAAAACCAACUGAUCCAUCCAGAAAACAUCAAACACCAUAUUGCGACGAUGGAACCAACCAUAGACAAAGGGAAACAACGAGAAAAUGCAGACGAGUCGCCUUCAGCACAACCGUCACUAGACUCGGAACCAGAUGCCUCCGCCGCAACGGAACAACCUCCACGAGUUAAGCUCUGGGGAGGCAUGGACGCCGAGGAUGAGAACACACUGCACAGUCUACCCUCUGUGCCAAACGUCGAUAUUCGAGCCAACCGACCUGUGCAGGGCGUUCAAGACUAUUAUCCUAGCCAAGUCUACUCGUCAUCAUCAAUGAACUACCGAUCCCCCAAUGACUGCCACCUCCUGCAGCUACCAGCAGAGCUUCUAGACAACAUACUUUCCUACCUCUGCCCGUUGGAUCUCGCCGCAGUCAGCGGGACCUGCCAUGCUCUCCACACGCGUGCCAACUCCAACUACCUCUGGCAAGCCAUCGUCCAGGACCACGUUCCCGGCGAAACCAUUACGUCUCCGUACCCAUGCAGCACAUUCCGCGACCUAUGGAUUGCCCACGAUCCCCGCUGGUUCCUCCCAAAAUACAAGAUAUGGUUCUCGGGACAGGACUUUAUGGGGAAGUUAAUCCUCGUUCGGUACGACCAGCGCAGGGGCUGCAUUGAGGGCUACCAGCUGCUGGCCAUGCGGACGAGGACUGAAUACCAACACUGGAACGACGACAGGGAGAUCAUAAUACACAACUUCGAGCCCGAGGUGAAGCUGCACCUGGACAAGCCCGCCUUGCAACUGCGGUGCGAAGGCAACACCAGCCGGGACUGGCAGUGGCACGACGAUGCGGGGAGUGACAAGAACGCCUGGAGGCGUGAUUUUGGAAACAUCAGCGUGAUACGCCCAAACUCGUCCUCCCCGCCGCCCAAGCCGAACCGCUUCGCAUCCGAAGUGCCGAUGAUAACGCCAGAGUACGGCGGAAACGCAGACGGCAUCUUUAGCAACUUCAUGCACGCCCGCCCGCUGCCCGAGGCGCAGGCCGCCCAGGCUGCCAAGACGUCGUUUCCCUAUGGCGACCUGUGGCCCCCGCCGGCCGUGCCAGCGCGGCACCGCGUGGCGGCGAACAACUUCUUCCGCGCCACGAACCGCCGCUUCUCGGGCAGCGUGGUGGGCCAGCGACCCCGCAGGCGCGCGGAGCUGUCUGAUCAGAGCUUCCGCAUCAGGAGUUGGCGCGAGAUGAGGCCUGCGCUGGCCGCUGUGCUGGGAUUGAGCGGGGUGACGAACGGUGGCGCUACGAGUAUGGUUCCCGAUCAGUUGGCAUUGUUGUUCCCUCCAGCUGGGCCGAGCCCAAGCACAGAUGGUGGUGAUAACGGCAGCGACAACGAGAGUAAUGACGGAGAGGCGGCAGAUUCAAGGGCGACGAAUGCCGACAUACUCAGCUUGCCGUUUGGUCCGCACAUUGAUGAGCAGUUGACAACAUACUCCACGCUCGACCCGGCGCUGUAUACGCCGACACCUGAGGCGCCAUGGCGGGGUAUCUGGGUCGGUGACUACAGCGGGCACGGGUGCGAGUUCCUACUCCUGAACCAGAUCAUCACAGGCACCGAGGAACACGAUUUAGACCGAGAGGAAGGGCUUACGGACGAGGAGUUCGAGGUCAAGAAGGAAGAAGCCAGGAAGUACAGGGGCAGGCUCGAAGCCAUCAAGCUCACGGGCGAUGCAAACGUGCCCCGCGGGGAGCCUACGUUCGUUGCGGAGGACCUGGGCCCUGGAGGCUUCGUGACGGUGAUUGAAGAAAAGCCGUUUACUGGCUGUAGAGUCGUCCGGAGUAAGGGGCACGUGGCACAGUCGGGAUUUAAUCUGGACAAAUACAUCGAGUCUCAGCUCAUAAUUAUUUCACACAACCGGCUGGCACAGUACUGGGUUGACUUUGGGCACAUUAGCUAUUUUGAAAGAGUCGACAUUGAUCGAUUCCCCAAGGUUACCUGAGGUUGAUUUGUGGGGACGCCAACGGCUCUGUACGUAGUUUUUUUUUGGUUAUUUCUCGUGAUAUCCGAAGUGUAUCAGUACAUUGGAUAGAAUCCCUAG